AUGGGUGAGGAAUUACAAUCAUUUCUUGACAAACUGCUUCUAAGGCAUGUUUCACUUGUUAAGAUAGAUGGUUUAAAAGCGAUCACAAUAACCGAUCAGGAUGGUGUCAUAUUAAUAAAAUCCGUGUUAAAUGAUGUGCCACCAAGAAUGCUUGAGCCUGCAAUAUCUACAACCUUUGCAGCAGUUAGUGAACAAGCAUCCAAAUUGGGUUUGAAAAAAAAUAAAUCUAUUGUCAGCUUAUAUGAACUUUAUCAAAUCGUACAAUUUAAUCAUUCACCUUUAAUAACUACAUUGAUUGCUGAUUCCAAUGCAAAUACUGGUGUAUUAUUAGAUCUUGAAAAUGAGUUAAAAGAUAUAACAGACACAAUUGCAGUAGCUCUAUCUGAAAGACAUGGCAUUUCAAUUAAUGUUUCUGGAUAA